UAUAAAACCUCCAUCCCCCCUCGGAAGCAACCGGGAGAUGCGUUCCUCUCCCGGUAAUCGUUAGGAAAGAGAAAAAAAGUCCGUUUGCCGCCAUUGGUCUCGGAUUCCCCCCUCGCGUUGUGCAGAGUGCAGACUCGUGCUCGAACUCGUACCAAAAUGCCAAAGGACAAGGAUCUAAAGCACAAAUCCAAGAAGCUCAAGAGUGAAGAAUCCUCAAAGCGCAAAGCUGACUCGGAUGAUGAUGAUACAAGUGAUACAUCAGUGGAGGAUGAACCUGUACAGAAGUCUUCAUCUGGGGAUCACAAAACCAAUGACCAGGGAGAGCCCUUCAUGAGCAUAGAUAAGAACCGAAGGGUCACAAUCAGAGAGUUCAAGGGCAAGACUUACAUUGACAUCCGUGAAUUUUAUGAGAAGGAUGGAAAGCUCUUGCCAGGAAAGAAGGGCAUUUCACUAUCUGUUUCCCAGUACAACAACUUGAAGUCUGCAAUGCCCAGUAUUGAUAAACUGCUGUAGAUCUGCAUUCUGAAGUCUUGAGUGUAUUGGUGUGUUCUGCAUAUGGAAGCGUCAACAUGUGCUGUAUGUUAAUGAUACAUGAAAAAUAAGGGACAACUUUUGCAUGGUAGCUUUUUUUUAACAAACUAUUAGUCUCAAAGUAACUGUACUCUUACCAUUCCAAAUUACUGAUAGUGUAAGGAAAUAUGUUCUCUUCAAAAAUUUCCAUAUGAGAGUGUGUGCAACCCCGAAAGUAAAUGUUGAAGCCUUUUUUUAUGCGAUGUAUUUUCAUAGAGCACUUGAAUUUUUUGAAAAGACAAGAAUUUAUUUGAUGUCAGAAAGCAUCGUAAUAAAAAACAAGUAUAUUG